CCCAUCUAGUGGGCCCGUGCCCUGAUGGUACCAGCCAUCUGCUGUGGGACCAGGAGCUCCUGUGCAUGUCCAGCACAACACAGCCAGCACCAAUUGGGAUGCUGAAGGCUGUUUUAUGGUGCAGGGGACAAUUAACAGUGAGAUCACACAGUUAGAAAUCAAAGGUGUGCAGUCUGAGGAUGACAAAAAAAAAGUCAGACUGGGCUUUCUCACACACACACUUUUUUCUAGCACCAUACUCAAUUUCACAAACUCUCUAUUCCUGUAUCCAAAGUGAUCCUUACUACCAGUGCUGUUAAAAGCAGCAAUUGUAAUCUGGGUCCCUAAUUCUUUGCAAGAGGCUGGCAAAGUGAAGUCCUGAAGCAAAUGGAAAAAUCUGCACUUACUCUUAAAAAAAUCAGGAUUUCACUUCUCCUCUGAACUACACUACAGACCUCCCAGCCUGUCCCUACCAUUCCCUACAAAGCAUUUUAUGUGAAAUAUUGUACAUGGUGCAGCCACGUAUACUGGAAGUGGCUGGGUCAGAAAGGCCCAGAGUCUUUCGUUCACGUCUGUGAACCAAGGGAAGAAACACAGACUCCUCUCCAGGCUCCUUAGUAUGCUGGAGUCCACAUGCUCCUCAGCUUAAAGAUGUGUCCUAAUGCUUCAUCAAUGGAAUUUUGCAGCAUUAUCUCUCUGUUCAUGUAUCAAUACAUGUCCAGACAAUUUCUUUGGACCACAUGGUCGCUAGGUUUAGAAGCAAGAAGCUGAUAAGGCUGGCAGGCAAGGAGGGCAGUGUGCCGACCCUUGCUGAAGUAGCCAGUGCCUCUCAGGAGAUAAGCGUCCCCCACUCCAUGAGUGGGCCUCUGGAAUGACCAAUGAGUGUGGACAGGCACCAAGGUCUGCUCUCCUCUUCCCCUUUAUAACCAGGGCUGCCAGGGUGGUGAGUCCAAACCUGCUCCGAGCCGUCACUCCAAGGGAACAGAGCCAGCACCUCCCGCACAAUGACGCUGACCCAAGCCGAGAAAGCCGCCGUGGUCACCAUCUGGGCCAAGGUGGCCACCCAAGCUGAUGCCAUUGGGGCAGAAUCACUGGAGAGGCUUUUCUUCAGCUACCCCCAGACGAAAACCUACUUCCCUCACUUCGAUCUGAGCCAAGGCUCAGCUCAGCUCCGUGGCCACGGCUCCAAGGUCAUGCAUGCCGUCGGGGAAGCUGUGAAGCACGUUGAUGACAUUCCAGGGGCUUUGGCCAAGCUCAGUGAGCUGCAUGCUUACAUCCUCAGGGUGGACCCCGUGAACUUCAAGCUGCUUUCCCACUGUAUCCUGUGCUCUCUGGCUGCCCGCUAUCCCAGUGACUUCACCCCAGAAGUUCAUGCUGCGUGGGACAAGUUCCUGUCCAGUGUUUCCUCUGUUCUGACUGAGAAGUACAGAUAAAUGGCCUCAACAGAGGGUGAGGGAGACCCAUCUACAUCCCAGCCCUGCUGCCAGGCUCUGGGGUAUCACCCCUUCCUGGGCAGCUCUUUAAAUCCCCCCUGCAGGGGCUCAGUCAUCUGCAAAACCCAAUAAAUAAUUCAAAUGUGA